UUUGGGGCUCUGCACCCCAUAACCUCACUGUGGGGUUUGGGGCUCUGUACCCCAUAAUGUCGUUGUGGGACUGGAGUGGGGUUUGGGGCUCUGAACCCCAUAACCUUGCUGUGGGGCUGGAGUGGGGUUUGGGGCUCUGAACCCCAUAACCUUGCUGUGGGGCUGGAGUGGGGUUUGGGGCUCUGCACCCCAUAACAUCUUUGUGGGACUGGAGUGGGGUUUGAGGCUCUGCACCCCAUAACCUUGCUGUGGGGCUUGGGGCUCUGCACCCCAUAACUUUGCUGUGGGGCUGGAGUGGGGUUUAGGGUUCUGCCCCCCAUAACCAUGCUGUGGGAUUUAGGGCUCUGUACCCCAUAACCUUGCUGUGGGGUUUAGGGCUCUGUACCCCAUAACCUUGCCGUGGGGUUUGGGGCUCUGCACCCCAUAACUUUGCUGUGGGGCUGGAGUAGGGUUUAGGGCUCUGCCCCUCAUAACCUUGCUGUGGGGUUUAGGGAUCUGCCCCCCAUAACCUUGCCGUGGGGUUUGGGGCUGUGCCCCCAUACCCUCGCUGUGGGUCCGGGCGCUCUGUGUCUCCCCGCCGCCCUGUGGCCGGGGCCGGUUGCGGGGCCGGGGCCCGCCCGUGGGCCGGGAGCGGGCGGGAGGCGGGCGCUGCCGUCGGGCCGGUCCUGCCUCUUCUUCCUCCCCUCCCUCCUCUUCCCCCCCCGUCCCCUCCCGCCGCCCCCGGAGCUCUCAGCGCUGCUCCCAGCUCCGGUCCCGGGCCCGGCCAUGGAGGGUGCCCCGGGCCCCGCCGCGCUCCUCGCCGCGCUCCUCGCCCUGCUCCAGGCGCUGCCCGCGGCCGGGGCAGUGGAUGUGCUGCAGGCGCUGGGAAUGCGGGGCGGCCGCGGCGGCGUCUCUGUCACGGCCGGGCUCUGCCCGCAGCGCCCGGGGGCGCCCGAGCCUGACCUGGCCUUCCGUGUGGAGAACGGCACCCAGCUCCGCGCACCCACACGGCAGCUCUUCCCUGACGGCUCCUUCCCUGAGGACUUCUCCAUCGUGGCCACGGUGCGCGCCCGGCGCGGGGCACAAUCCUUCCUGCUCUCCAUGUACGACGAGCGGGGCGUGCAGCAGCUGGGCGUGGAGCUGGGGCUCUCACCCGUCUUCCUCUACGAGGACCAGGAUGGGAAUCCAGCUCCGGAGCGAUAUCCCACCUUCCGCGGGGUCAACCUGGCUGAUGGCAAAUGGCACCGUGUGGCCUUGGCCGUGGAGGGCACCACUGUGGCCUUGCUGCUGGAUUGUCACCUCGUGGCCACGCUGCCGCUGGAGCGGGGACCUCGGCCCUUGCUCAGCACCCAGGGGGUGACCGUGUUUGGGGGGCGCCUCAUGGAUGAGGAGCUGUUUGAGGGUGACAUCCAGCAGCUGCUGGUGGUGGCUGGCGCCGAGGCCGCCCGCUCCUAUUGCCAGCUCUACAUGCCCGGCUGCGACCAGCCCCUGCUCUUCCCACUCCAGGCCCCAUUCCCAGAGGAGAGCAGCCCUGAGCCCACUGCUGCUCCACGCAGGAAGGGCAGGAAGGGCAAAGGGAAAGGCAAACGCAAGGGCAAGGGCAAGAAGAAGAGGAACAAGGAGCUGGUGGAGCAGAAUGAGGCCUCUGUGGUGCCCAGCCAGGAUCCUGGCGCCUUAUCCCAAAAGGGGCCCGAUUCCGAUGUCCUUGGCACCCUGACACCAGCCCCGAGCUUCCAGCCACCAGCCACCACCAUCAGCAUCACCCUGAACGCCUCCAAGGACACUGGUGAGGAGCUGGUGCUUGAGCUGGAGGAGGAUGGUGCUGGCAGCACGGGGAUGCCGGGCUAUGAGGACUAUGACAACGGCGAUCCUGGCAUCUGGAAUCACUUGGGCCCUGCUGAACGGGAUGAGGUGGUGAUCCAGGCUCCCCAGGAGCUCGCUUUGAAGGGGGACAAGGGGGAACCAGCCAUCGUGGAGCCGGGUCGUCGAUUCCAGGGGCCACCAGGCCCCCCAGGCCCCGCGGGAGAAACAGGGCCCCCGGGCCCGCCGGGGCUCCCAGGGCUGCCCGGGGAGCGCGGGGAUCAGGGUCCCGCGGGACAGCCGGGGCUGCCGGGAGCUGUCGGGAUCCGCGGCCCCGCAGGGACCAUCAUCAUGCUGCCGUUCCAGUUUGGAGGAGACUCCCUCAAGGGUCCCACCGUCUCCUUCCAAGAAGCUCAAGCCCAAGCGAUCCUGCAGCAGGCAAAGCUUGCCAUGAAGGGUCCCCCAGGUCCCAUGGGGCUGACCGGCCGCCCAGGCCCCCUGGGUCUACCAGGACACCCGGGCCUGAAAGGAGACGCAGGGGACAUGGGGCCACGGGGUCCCCGUGGGGUGCAGGGAGCACCGGGGCCACCAGGCAAGCUGGGCAGACGGGGUCGUGCUGGAGCAGAUGGUGCCAGGGGGCUCCCGGGGGAACCCGGCCCCAAGGGCGACAGGGGCUUCGAUGGGCUGCCGGGGCUGCCGGGCGAGAAGGGCCAUAGGGGCGACGUUGGGAAGCCAGGACCAGCAGGUCCCCCUGGGGAGAAGGGUGCCAAGGGCUCCGAUGGCCUCCCGGGAGCUCGGGGGCAGCCGGGGGAACCCGGUACGAGAGGCUUGACGGGCUCCCGUGGCUCCCCCGGGCCCCCUGGAGCACUGGGUGCCAGCGGCAUUGAUGGAGCACCAGGGCCUAAAGGCAACAUGGGAAUCCAUGGGGAGCCAGGACCCCCGGGGCAGCAAGGGAAUCCUGGUCCUCAGGGUCUGCCUGGUCCCCAGGGCCCCGUGGGGCUGCCGGGGGAGAAGGGCCUGCCGGGAAAGCCGGGAAUACCGGGUGUAGCUGGGGCCAACGGGCCCGCGGGUCAUCCUGGCCGGGAAGGGCCAGCGGGAGAGAAGGGCCUACAGGGCCCUGUGGGUGCCCCAGGUCCCAUUGGCUACCCAGGACCCCGUGGGGUGAAGGGAGCUUUUGGUGUGCGGGGCCUGAAGGGCAGCAAAGGGGAGAAGGGAGAAGAUGGAUUCCCUGGCUUCAAGGGAGACAUGGGACCCAAGGGGGACAGGGGGGACCAGGGCCCAUUGGGGCCCCGUGGUGAGGAUGGUCCUGAGGGGAUGAAGGGACAGACGGGAAUCACGGGGGAAGCCGGAGGCCCCGGCCCCACAGGAGAGAAGGGCCGGCUGGGAGUGCCAGGCCUCCCAGGCUAUCCCGGGCGCCAGGGUCCCAAGGGAUCCACCGGCUUUCCUGGUGCCAUGGGGCUGGCGGGAGAGAAGGGCAAGAGGGGCAAGGCUGGCCAGGCUGGGCCGACGGGGCAGCGAGGGCCCGCGGGUGUUCCAGGGGAUCGUGGUCUUCCCGGUCCCACAGGAAAACCUGGUCCCAAAGGAGACCCUGGCCAUGACGGAGCCCCUGGAGCAGUGGGAGAGAAGGGUCCCCCAGGUCCAGAGGGACCCAGCGGCUUCCCGGGUGCCAAAGGCCCCCCUGGUCCUGCUGGGAAGGAUGGUUUGCCAGGACACCCGGGACAACGCGGCGAGCCGGGCUUCCAUGGCCGCACUGGCCCCCCCGGCCCCACAGGGGUGGUGGGACCCCAGGGUAAAUCAGGAGAGACGGGACCCAUGGGGGAGAGGGGACACCCCGGCCCCCCCGGCCCCCCCGGCGAGCAGGGGCUGCCCGGAGCCACCGGCCGAGAGGGAGCCAAGGGUGAUCCCGGUCCCAGCGGCAUUCCUGGGAAGAGCGGCCCCCCCGGCAUCCACGGCUUUCCCGGCACACGGGGGGCCCCCGGAGCCAUGGGUCCUCCUGGCUUGAAGGGGGGGGAAGGACCCCCUGGGCCCCCUGGACCCACAGGCCCCCCCGGGGAGCGCGGUCCCACGGGAGCUGCUGGAGGCAUCGGGAUGCCCGGCCGGGGGGGGGCCCAGGGCCCCCCCGGUCCCAUUGGCGAGAAGGGGUCCCCGGGCGAGCGAGGUGCCAUGGGUCCGGCUGGGCAGGAUGGGAUCCAGGGUCCCAUGGGAUUGCCGGGUCCAGGCGGCCCCCCCGGCCCCUCUGGAGAAGAUGGGGAUAAGGGCGAGAUGGGGCUCCCCGGGCAGAAGGGCAGCAAAGGGGACAAGGGCGAUGUGGGUCCCCCAGGACCCACCGGAAUCCAGGGACCCAUCGGGCACCCCGGGCCUGCGGGAGCCGAUGGGGAGCCGGGACGCCGCGGGCAGCAGGGAAUGUUUGGGCAGAAAGGGGAUGAGGGAUCGCGGGGUCACCUCGGCCUGAGCGGCCCCCCAGGCCUGCAGGGAAUGCCGGGCCCACCGGGUGAGAAGGGCGAGGACGGAGAUGUGGGCCCCAUGGGCCCCCCCGGUGCACCAGGACCCCGUGGACCACAGGGACCCAGCGGUGCUGAGGGUCCUCAGGGAAUGCCGGGUGGCGUGGGACAACCGGGUGCCGUGGGAGAAAAGGGGGAACCGGGAGAAGCGGGAGAUCCGGGAGCACCAGGAGAGCCUGGACCAGCCGGUGCCAAAGGAGAUGUGGGGGAGAAGGGGGACGCGGGGCAGUCGGGAGCUGCUGGACCCCCCGGCAAGAAGGGCCCACCGGGAGAGGAUGGAGCCAAAGGCGAGCUGGGUCCCAUUGGAUUCCCUGGGGAUCCUGGGCCCCCUGGAGACCCUGGUGUGCCGGGUCUGGAUGGAGCUGCUGGAGAGAAGGGUGACAGCGGGGACCCCGGCCUGCUGGGUCCACCAGGCGCCUCCGGGGAGCCGGGUCCCCCAGGUCCCCCCGGCCGGAGGGGACCUGUGGGACCCAUGGGGCGCGAGGGCCGUCAGGGGGACAAGGGUGCCAAGGGACACCCUGGCACCGAGGGGCCACCGGGCAAGACCGGUCCCAUGGGAGCCCAGGGAGCACCGGGACAAGCAGGCUCCGAAGGGCUGCACGGGAUCCCCGGCCCUGCCGGUGAACAAGGUCUGCUGGGGGCUCCGGGGCAAGCGGGCCCCCCUGGCCCCAUGGGUCCUGUGGGUUUGCCUGGCCUCAAGGGAGACCCCGGCCACAAAGGAGAUAAGGGCCACGCUGGCCUCAUUGGCCUCAUUGGACCACCAGGAGAGAUGGGGGAGAAAGGAGACCAAGGGCUCCCUGGCAUCCAGGGCCCCCCCGGACCCAAAGGGGACCCUGGUCUGGCUGGACCCACGGGCCCCCCUGGACCCCCUGGGCCCCCCGGGCUCUCAGGUCCCUUGGGCCAGAAGGGUUCCAAAGGCUCCCCGGGUGCUCUUGGUCCCCGAGGUGACACAGGCCCCCCCGGUCCCCCGGGACCACCAGGCCGCCCGGCCGAGCUGCUGGAGCCGCUGCCCUCCAGCGGGCACCGGAGGCACCGCCGGGCAAGCCAAGGGGUCCGGGGGGAGCAGGAGGACCCCCCCCCGGGUCCCGAGGGGCUGGAGGAGGUGUUGGCAUCACUCCGCUCCCUCCGUACCGAGGUGGAGCAGCUCCGGAGGCCCCUGGGCACCGCCGAGAGCCCGGCGCGGGUCUGCAGCGAGCUGCGGCUCUGCCACCCGCACCUCCGGGACGGUGAAUACUGGAUUGAUCCCAACCAGGGCUGCUCCCGCGAUGCCUUCAGAGUGUUCUGCAACUUCACAGCGGGCGGUGAGACCUGUCUCUUCCCUGAGAAGAAGCUGGAAGCGGUCCGCCUGGCUGCCUGGAGCAGGGAGAAGCCGGGAACGUGGUUCAGCACCUUCAAACGGGGCAAGAAGUUCUCCUACGUGGAUGCGGAUGGGAACGCCGUGCCCGUGCCCCAGCUCACCUUCCUGCGGCUCCUGAGCGCCGGCGCCCGCCAGAACUUCACCUUGAGCUGCCAAAAUGCUGCCGCCUGGUUCGACGCCGGCGCCGGCACCUUCGCCCGUGCCCUGCGCUUCCGUGCGGCCAACGACGAGGAGCUGGGACACAACCACCCAGCCACCCCCAUCCGUGCCCUGCACGACGGCUGCCAGGGACGCCGUGGCCAGGAGCGGACGGUGCUGGAGGUGGCCUCAUCCCGUGUGGAGCGGUUCCCUCUGAUGGAUGUGGCCGUCCUUGACUUUGGAAACACCAGCCAGAAGUUCGGCUUCGAGCUGGGCCCCGUCUGCUUCACGGGCUGACACACACAGGCUGGGAUGGGUUUUGGGGGACGCCGGGGGUGUCACUGCUCCCACCGCCAACCCCUGUGCCAGGGAUGCUGAUCCAGGGAAUACUCAGGACUCGGAGCUGCCCCUCCUGCGUGCACGGAACCCCCUUAUUUAUACACCUCCCCUUGGGGGGGGACAACUGGGGCAGGGCCCCCCCCAGGUAAAGAGGGGUUUCAAGGCAGCCCCCCCCCUCCCCGUGGUGCUACAACGCUCCCCAGGAGCCCCCACAGUGAAGCACUGGACGUGCCCUUGGCACGGCAACACCGCGAAGCCCAUCCCAGUGCCGCCGGCGUUCCCGAGGGUGGGAUGAGUUAAACCUCCUCCUUCACCCCCCAACACUCCGUGCUGGGGGUGGGAAGUGGGGGGACCCCCCAGCCCCUUGGGGCGGUCACCCCAGCUCACGGCAGAGGGGACCUGGGGAGGUUGGGACAUUGCCUCGGCCCUGGUGCCAGUUACUGUCCGAUAAACCUGUAUCCAAGUGUCUCCCACCCCCAA